CAUCCAUCACAAGUCCCAAACCCACGUCCAAAUUCUUUGAAUCUAAGCAAUCAAAACUUUCAUGCUCUCCCCCAAGACCUAUAAAUAGCAGUUCAACCUAAUGGGAAUGCUCACAACCUAUACUAGAGAUGAAGAUAACCACCUUGCUUUCACUUGCAUUCAUCUACUCUGUCUUCCCAGCCAGUUCAGCUCUCGAUUCUGUGCUAGACAUUACUGGAAAAAACCUACAUUCAGGAACCAACUACUAUAUUAUGCCAGCUGCUAGAGGCGGCGGUAUCAUACUGGGCCCAACUGGCGUAAAUAAAACAUGCCCCCUUGGGAUUGCACAACUACAAACCAACAAGUAUGGACUCCCAUUGACUUUCACUCCAGUCAACCCUAAGAAACGCAUUAUUCGCCUCUCCACUGAUGUUAACAUCAAAUUCUCCGGCCACACAAACUGUAACAAGUCAAAUAUAUGGAAGCUCAAAUAUGAUGAAGUUAUGCGGCAGUAUUUUGUGAAGGUGGGAGGUGUAGAAGGAAACCCGGGAAGGGAAACACUUGAUAACUGGUUUAAGAUCGAGAAAGCAGAGAACGGAUAUAAGCUUGUUUUCUGCCCUACCGUCUGCAACUUCUGUAAAGUUUUAUGCCGGGAUGUUGGAAUAUUUGUAGACGACAAUGGAAAGAGACGGUUGGCACUUAGUUAUGUUCCCUUUUCUGUAAUCUUCAUUGCUAAGUAAUAUGUUGUAUACAUCAAUUUCAGUUAUAUGUGGUACUAAAUAUCUAAGAAAGAACUGUGCUGUUCUAUUUAUGCUCAAAUAAAGUUGACAGUCAUAACA